AUGGCCUCCACCUCUCUCACUGACUUCCCCGCCCUAUCCAACCCUGCUUCCGAAACCCGUCCUUCCGCCACUUCUCCCCUCUCCUCUGUUCCUCUUCAAGAAGAUGUCAUUCCCUUCUCCGGUAAAGAAGUUUCUGCUGGACCUGAAGAGUCGGGCCUUUCGCUUGUGGGCUACACAAUCGGUCCUUACCCCACCUACGGGGCUCUCAUCUCUUCAAUGCGUAAGAAAUGGUCUCUAAAGGGUAAUCUGCAACUUACUUCCCUACGUGAGGGUUUUUUCCUGUUGCGUUUUUCUGUCUUAGAUGAUUUUGAAAUGGCUUUGUCCGGGGCACCCUGGUUUUUCCUGGAGUGGCCAUUCUUCCUGCAAAAGUGGUCACCCCACCCUAAACGUGUUGAAUGUUCUUCAAUUCCUAUUUGGGUUAGAAUACUUGACCUUCCUUUGUGUUGCUGGACCCCAAAUGGUAUAUCCAAAAUUGCAAGCUUUAUAGGUAUCCCUUUAAUGGUGGAUACUCCUACAGCUCAGAAAACCCGUCUUACUUUUGCUAGAGUGUGUAUCGAAGUGACUAGUAAGUCUGUGUUACCUGAUCUCAUCCCGAUUUCUUUGGUUGGAGAAUCCAUGAUGCUUGAGGUUCAAUAUGAAUGGAAGCCUACACCGUGUGAGUUUUGUGACUCUCUUGUUCACCCUGCGGACAUUUGCCCAACUAAACCAUCACAGAGUUCCACUGCUGCUCUUCCUUCUCGUGGAAAGAGUAUAAAUCGGAAGCCAAGGAGAAGAUCCCGCACUCGUCGUCCCCCACCUAAAUCUUCAACCUCUGCAAACAACCUUAGACCUCCAAAAAUUUCUACCAACACCGCUACAAACAAAAUCCAAGUCUUGCAAAGUGGUUCAGAUAUCGCCUCUUCUAUUGCUCUUGCAAUAGAAACUACUGUUGUUAUAACAGCUCCACAAAUAGAUACUUCUACCCAACAAGCAGAAUCAACCUGA